AUGAAUCUAGGAGAUGUACAGACUCAAACUGAAAAUGAAUCAAGCCAUUUUCAAGCUAAUACUACACAAAACUCAUUUCAGCAAAAUAAUACGGGUAAGAAUUUUUAUUCAAACCGCCAACAAUCGGAUUAUCUUCCAAUCGAAGAUGCUCAGCUCAUUCAAACUUCUAUUAGAUUUUCAGCUGAUCUUGGCAAUAAACAAAGAUUUCAAUAUGCAAGUGAUGCGAUAAUACGAAAGGAUGAUGGAAUUCAAGAUAGAGUAGUCAACCGUCGUGAUUGA